UCUUGACUCGAGUCCAUAUGCUGCAGAGAGAAACCGCCAUGGACGUUCCUAUAAGACCUUGAGGGAUGAUUCCCUGGAGACCAACAGCCUCUGGCGGUUCUGUAUCAUUUUGAACUUCCGAAGUUCUCGGUGGUAUCCCUUUCUUGCUGCUUACUGAAAUUGCAGAGAAAAUAUGAGUCAACGUCAGCCUCAGAGGCCCAGUGACACCCCGCAGGGCCAGACGCGUACCGAGCCCAUCAAGUACGGCGACGUGUUCGACGUCUCCGGCGGGCUCUCCGAACAGCCUGUGGCUCCGCGGGACGCCGCCAUGAUGCAGUCGGCAGAGAGCCGCACUCUCGGCGAGAUCCCGAAGGGCGGAGCAGCCGCGACAAUGCAGUCCGCGGCCAGGCGCAACGAGAACGCCGGCCUUGUCGACCACGACGAGCGGUCUGCGGCAGCCCAAGAGAGAAUGACGGUCAGUGAGAGGGCCGUGCCUGGUGGCCGCGUCGUCACCGAGUCGGUGGGCGGACAGGUGGUCGAGGAGUAUGAGACUCCGGUGCCGGUGACGUCUCGGCCGGCGGUGACCUGAGCCGUUUCGACUCAGUGCCAAGUCUUUGGAGUUUCCUUUUGGUCUGUUUGUUUUGGGGGGAAGCUGUUGUAAGUCGGGUUAACUAUGGGUUAGGUAUGAUGUAUAGGUCGAUCUAUGUAUAAUAUGGGCUGGCUAUGGUAGGGUAUGGAGUUUUGGUGGCACUAUGUAAUCUUCCUAUGAUAGCGUAAUGAAAGG